UACCAAGGCAUCGGGGACGCUCAGGCCGAGCCUCAGCCCAGUUUUGAGGCCAAUGCACCUCCCAUCCUUAGCAUGGCACCCAAGAAAGAGAAAGGCCCCGCGAGCUCAAACUCUAAAAUAUGGGAACCCGCGCUCAUAGCUGCACACUUAAACCAGAAUGACUGGAAGGCCUCCAUCGCUUUUGUGGUUGAGAACCGGAUUGAGGAUGCUCUUCUCAUUCGUGCCCUAGACAUGGCUGUCCAAGUCCCUCAACGCAAACUCUUCAGUAUAGUGUCAUGGCAAGACAUUCUCCAUCAGAUCGAUGAAAUACAGGGACUUGCUGGGAUUGCUUCAGCUAAAAAGGGGAAAAAGCCCACGAGCAGCAGUUUACCGUUAUAUUAUGAGGUGUUGGUGGCAGCAAGAACAAUUAUGGAUAGUGGAGAGAAACUUACUUUACCAUUGAUAGGGAAACUCUUGAAAUUUCAACUUCUCCAGAUUAAAUUAAAGGACCAGCAAAGACGAGAAAAUGAAAAGAAGAUGGUAGAAGAAAGGACAAAGUCGGAAAAGGACAAAGGAAAAGUGAAGUCUCCCAAGGAGAAGAAGGCCGCCAGUGCCAAGGCCGGGAAAGGAAAGGGAAAAGACCAGCCUGAGGUGUCUGCAGCUGUGAAGAAGACCACCCAGUUAAAACGGAGAGGGGAUGAGGACGACAUCAAAUCCUACAUUGAUGAUGAACCAGAUGAUGGUGCCCAGCAUUACAUUAUUGUCGUGGGCUUCAACAACCCUCAGAUCUUAGCCAUUAUGACUGAGCUUGGCAUUCCUAUAACCAGUGUGAUUAAAAUAUCUUCAGAGAAUUACGAACCUCUGCAGACCCACCUGGCAGCAGUCAGCCAGCAGCAGGAAGCUACCCUUCAGCCCGAAGACAUAGAAGCCAAAAAACUGAAGACAGAAAAUUCCGUUAAGGAACUUGAAAUUUUCUGGAAGUACUUGGAACCAAUCCUGAAUAAUGAGAAACCUGAAACAAAUCUCUUUGAUGUUGCUCGACUCCAAUACAUGGUCAAUGUGGCGCAUUUUCCUUCUGACUGGUCAGACAAUGAGAUGAUGCUCGAGUUGGGCACCGAGAUCUUUGAAAAUGUUGCCUGUUUGAUGUACGACAGUCUGGACUGGAAGAGGCAGCACCAGCACUAUCUGGAAAGCAUGCAGCUCAUCAACGUCCCACAAGUGGUUAAUGAGAAAACCAUGCUGGAAGCAAUGCCGAUUCCAGAGCCUCCGCCUCCAACUGCUCCAGCCCCUGGAAAGAAGAAAGCUCAGUAUGAAGAACCACAAGCCCCACCUACAGUGGCUUUCAUCAUCACAACCGAGGUAGACAUGCGGUACUACAAUGACUUGCUGAAUCCAAUUCCAGAGGAAUUUAUUUCCGUGCCCCUGAUACUGCACUGUAUGCUGGAACAGGUUGUAGCAACUGAAGAAGACCUCAUUCCCCCGAGUUUGGUGGAGCCACCCCACAGAGCAGAUGGGUUGGACUACAGAAUUGCAGCUCACAUUGUGUCCAUCCUGCCUUCACUCUGCCUAUCUGAGAAGGAGAAGAAGAAUCUCCAUAAGAUAUUCUUAUCUGAAGGAGAAAGUGAAACCAAAGCAUUGCCCAAAGGCCCUCUCCUACUGAACUACCAUGAUGCCCAUGCCCACAAGAAGUAUGCACUGAAGGACCAAAAGAAUUUUGACCCAGUUCAAAUUGAGCAAGAGAUGCAGUCCAAGCUGCCACUGUGGGAAUUCCUUCAGUUCCCUCUGCCCCCUCCAUGGAACAGCACUAAGAGACUUGCCACCAUUCACGAGCUUAUGCAUUUCUGUACGAAUGAAGUGCUGAGCUGGAAUGAAGUAGAACGAGCCUUCAAGGUGUUUACUUUCGAGAGCUUGAAGCUCUCCGAGGUGGAUGAGGCAGGAAAGCUCAAGCCGGCCGAGGUGGUCAGUCAGGCAGAUGCCGAGAAUUUCAACAUUCCGUGGGACAACCCCGCCAGGUUCGCUAAGUAUAUACGGCAGCGAUGCAUCCACAGGGCAAACACCCAGAAAGCCAACCCAGUGGCAGAUAUUGGAAACAAAGACAGAAUACUAUUUGUGGACCAAAAUUUGUCAAAGGCUGAGCCAGAGGCUGAGAGAUACAGAAAUUCCCCAGAUUCCAAUCAGCCUGCUGCUGAUGGUGUUAGGGCUUCUACUUCUGACAUCGGGAGCCCCUCGGAUGCUGGCAACAGACAACUGUCAGAGAAGGAGAUCAGUGGGUCCAUGUGGCCUCAGCCAGAGUCCUCGGAGCAGACCACGGACAAUGAGAUCAAAGAUGAAGCAGCCACAAAGGAUGGUUCUCUUGAAAAGAAACCCAAGAAGAUGGUGGUGGAAGCUAAUCUCGAGGACAUAAAGAAAACUCAGCAGCGAAGUUUAACGGACUGGAGCUUUACUGAACAUUUUCAGCCGAAAGUCCUGCUUCAGGUUCUUCAGGAAGCCCAUCAGCAAUAUCGAUGUGUUGACUCUUAUUACCACACACAGGACAACUCUUUACUUCUGGUUUUUCAUAAUCCAAUGAAUAUUCAACGUCUGCAUUGUGAAUAUUGGAAUAUUGCUCUUCACUCUAACGUUGGAUUCAGGAAUUACCUAGAACUCAUUGCGCAAUCUAUCCAAGACUGGAUCACAGAGGAAGAAGCAAAGUAUCAGGAAGCCAAAAUGGCUGAAGAAGUCAACAGGACCAAGAUUGAGCUAGAGCUGAAAACUUCUGCUGCCAAAAUUUCUCCUAGCAAAAGUGUUUCUCUCAAAAAAUCUAAAAGUAACAAAAUGGUCAGCAAAACAGAGGUACCAGAACAAGAGAAGGAAAAAGAGAAAGAGAAGAUCCCUUUCAUUUUAGAAGGCUCUCUAAAGGCAUGGAAGGAAGAACAAGAGAGGUUAGCAGAGGAGGAGCGUCUGAAGGAGGAGAAGAAAGCAGAGAAGAAGGGGAAAGAAGUCGGGAAAAGGAAAGGCAAGGAUAAGGCAGACAAAGAAGAUACUAAGGCUAUGAAGAAAAAAUCUUCUUCCAAGGAGAAACCUAAGGAAGAGUCCGUAAAGAUCAUGGAAAUGAUAGAGGAAUCUGUCCCACUUCCAGAACCAGAGAUAGUUUACCCGUUCCGAGGUUAUAAUAUGGGAGAUGUACCCAUCCAAAUCACAGGGAGAAAUUACUAUCUGUAUCCUUCUGAUGGAGGACAGAUUGAAGUAGAAAAGACUAAGUUUGAACGAGGCCCAACUUUCAUCAAAGUGAAAAUAAAAAAAGAUAAACACAAUUUUAUAAUUCACCUGAAAGACCCAAAGGAAAUUGUGCAAAAGCACAAGGAAGAGGAUUACUCUUCAGAAGAAGAGGAGGAAAGAGUUAAACAAGACAUUGAAAUGAAAACAUCACAGAUACAGAAUGAAGCUGUCAGCAAGUUUGGAUCAUUUUCUGCCACCUUAGAAAAUGGAAUCUGCCUCUCAAUAAGUUACUAUGGAGCAAAUGGGAUGGCACCAGAGGUUACAGAUUCUGAGUUGGACACAAUGAUGAAUAUCCCUUCAGCUCUGACUGCAACUGUGAUUCCCACUAUAGUGACUAUUCCUCAAGGCAAAGGGAAAGCAAAAAUAAAGGGCAAAGAAAAACCCAAAGAGUCCCUUAAAGAAGAGGAACAUCCAAAAGAAGAAGAGAAGAAGAAUUUUGUACAGGAAGAAGUAGAGCCAGAGAUUGUUGUACAGGAACCACCUUAUGUUCCCACCUUUCAAAACCUAAACGUAUCUUGCCCCAAUGGGCUCCUGCUGACCUUCAUUGGGCAAGAAUCUACAGAUCACCCAAUUGUAGAUGAAGAACCCACCUGGGACCUCAUGAUCCGUCAGAGCUACCCCCAAAGGAUAAAGCACUACGAAUUCUAUAAAGCAGUGAUGCCACCCAUGGAGCAGGAGGCAUCAAGAGUUAUCACCAGCCAGGGCACUGUUAUCAAGUAUAUGCUGGAUGGAUCCACACAGAUUCUGUUUGCAGAUGGUGCUGUGAGUAGCAGUCCUGAUUCAGGUCCUGUUUAUACAUCUCCUGAUAUGUCUGCAAGUCCCCAUAAUGGAGAUUUGGUGGACUCCGCCUCUCAGCCCAAAUCAGAAACAGCACCAUCUGAGAUUGUCAUUACCAAGAAAGGAAAAGGUCACAAAAAUCAAACAUCAAUGCCACAUAAGAAUGAAACCCAGGAUGUUCUCUCAGGGGUAGCUCAAACAGUAACUGCUGUGGAUUCCCACACUGGCACCUGGUUUACAACAACACCUGAUGGAAAUCGGAUUGGCACCAAAGGACUAGAGAAAAUUGAAGACUUGAAACCAUUUUUAUCCUUCCAGGCAACAGAUCCCAUCAAUGGAACGGUCAUGACUACUCGAGAAGACAAGGUGAUCAUUGUUGAGAAGAAGGAUGGAACCCGGAUCGUGGAUCAUGCUGAUGGUACCAGAAUCACAACUUUUUAUCAGGUUUAUGAAGAUCAUAUUCCUCCAGAUGAUGAAGAGACAACCGAAGGUCCAAGGACUGUCACUAGACAGGUGAAGUGUAUGCGAAUAGAAAGCUCACACUAUGCCACUGUUAUCACCAACUGUGAGGACAGUAGCUGCUGCGCCACCUUUGGGGAUGGAACAUCUAUUAUUGCAAAACCACAGGGAUCGUACCAGGUGUUACCCCCAAACACAGGCUGCCUCUAUAUCAAUAGAGACUGCUCAGCCACGUACUGCCAUGAAUCUAGCAGUAAUAUCUACCACCCCUUCCAGAAGCGUGAGCAGCUGAGAGCCAGUAGAUACAUCAUGAAACACACCUCAGAGGUGAUCUGUGAGGUCCUGGAUCCUGAGGGGAACACCUUUCAGGUCAUGGCAGAUGGCUCUGUAUCAACAAUGUUACCUAAAAAGAAAUUAGAAGAUGACUUCAAUGUGCAAACUGAGGGCUAUGAUAGUUUAUCAUCAGUUCAUCUUGAAAAGAAUCACAUGCAAAUCUAUGGGGAACACGUUCCCAGGUUUUUUGUUAUUUAUGCUGACGGAUCCGGCAUGGAACUUCUCCGAGACAGUGACAUAGAAGAAUACUUGUCCUUGGCCUAUGGAGAAUCAACGACUGUGGUUCUCCAGGAACCAGUCCAGGAACACCCAGGCGCCUUGAGCAUCACAGUCCUUCGCCCUUUUCAUGAAGCAUCGCCAUGGCUAAUGAAGAAGGAGUUAGACACCAUCAUUCCACCAAAUCUCCAAUCAAGGUCGUGGGAAAGUUUUCCUUCAGUUGAGAAAAAGACUCCAGGACCUCCAUUUGGCACUCAGAUUUGGAAAGGCCUCUGUAUUGGGUCUAAGCAGCUGACAAAUGUCCCGGCUCCUAUACUCAAAGACCCCAAGGUGCUACAGAUGCGUCAGUUCAUCCAGCAUGAGGUCAUAAAGAGUGAGGUGAAAUUAAGGCUGCAGAUUUCCCUUAAGGAUUAUAUAAACCAUAUUCUAAAGAAAGAAGAUGAGCUACAAGAAAUGACAGUCAAGGAUUCCAGAACUGAGGAAGAAAGAGGCAAUGCUGCAGAUCUCCUCAAGCUGGUUAUGUCUUUCCCUAAAAUGGAGGAAACUACAAAAAGUCAUGUUACUGAAGUUGCAGCCCACCUAACCGAUUUGUUCAAGCAAUCCAUGGCUUUGGCACCAAAAUGUCCACCAGAAACAUUCACUAAAGACUUCUUUGAAAAGAAGUGGAGGAGUUCAUCACCAGGGACGGUCUGGAAAGAAAAGCUUGAUCAACAGAGGGAAACUAUUGAGAAAACACAGAAAUACCUGUUGCAAAUUAGGACCAAAGAAGUAACACCUUAUUUUAAGUCUGAAUUGAGCCCACUAUUUAAGUCACAGUAUAAUUAUCUGGAGAAGCUUUCCAAAGAACUGCCUCCUUUUACAAAGAAAAAUGAAGCCACAGCCAAAACAGCUGUUCCAGAUCUUGAUUUGGAUUCUACACUGCCUGUGGAUGUAAAACAAGAAGCUGCAAAUAUACCUCUCCUUCCAAAGCAGGAGGUUGCUGAGACUAUCAAGGAGUCUGCUAGCCAAAGCGAUACUGAAAAUGUAACCAAAUCUACCAGGAAGCCUUCUAACCAAAACCAAGCUGAAAAUUUAGAGCAAUCUACUCAGGAUUCUGAUAGUCAAAAUGGAACGGAAAUUGUAACCAAAUCUACCAAGGAGUCUGCUAGCCAAAAAAAUAUUGAAAAAAUUAAAAAAUCUACCAAGAAGUUUUCUAGCCAAAACCAAAUUGAGAACUUAAUAAAAUCUAUCAAGGAAUCUUCUAGUCAAAACAAAAUUGAAAAUGUCACCAGACCUCCUGUUGAAGAACCAGACUUUUUUAUGCCGAUCAAAAUUCCAACUCAGUCAUUGCUGCAGGAUGUUACUGGGCAAGCAAGAAAAGAGAAAGUGAGGUUACCUUACUAUCUGAUGAGUUCCAAGCCCAAGUGUCAACCUCUUGCCAAGGUAGAAGAUAGUGUUGGGGGAAAAGUGAAUACAUCCUCCAUUGCAUCGGCUGCCAUUUAUAACACGAAUGCAUCCCCUUUUGGGUUCCACCUUCUUCCACCAUCAGUGAAGUUUGGAGUGCUUAAAGAAGGACACACCUAUGCGACUAUUGUGAAGCUCAAGAAUGUGGGUGUGGACUUCUGCAGGUUUAGAGUGAAGCAGCCCCCACCCAGCACUGGACUGAAAGUGACAUAUAAACCUGGGCCUGUGGCUGCUGGUUUGCAUGCAGAGCUAAAGGUGGAGCUAUUUGCCAUGGCUGUUGGAGAAGAUGGUGCCAAGGGAUCAGCACACAUCUCCCACAAUAUUGAGAUCAUGACAGAGCAUGAUAUUCUAUUAUUACCAGUGGAAGCAAUAGUUUUAACAAGCCGUAACUAUGACAAUCGACCCAAAGAUUUUCCCCAAGGAAAAGAAAACCCCACGGUCUACAGGAUUUCCACAAUCUCCUCCUCUGCACUUGGAGUCUUCACAUCUCGCAAGGCCACUCAUCGUUAGGACCUUUUCUUCUCGGUACAGCUCGAUGGCCUCCAUGAUCCUCUCAGCCUACAUAGAUGAUGGCAAAGAAAAAACAAUUAUCCCAGCACACACCCCAUCAACUCAAGACAUAGAAACGGGAAGACAUGGCUAAUGAUAGCCUGAAUCGGCUUAAUAAAGACAUGCCAGUUAGAGUGCAAUGCAGCAUUUCUAGUUGUCAGUAUUUUUUUCUCAUUUUUAAUUUUUAAGAAAGAGAAAAAAUACCAGGCACUCAGAUGAGGCCAUAUCUGGACACAACAGAGCAGCUCCUGGGAACACCAAAGGUGUACUUCAGGAGGAGAUGAGCUUAUCACUAAGAGCCACACCCUGGUCAGAUGCAAGACCAAGAGCAUCAGGCACAGGUGAUGACUGGCACCUGGAGUUCCUCAACUUUUGUGCCAUGCAGGGCUAUGCGGCCGACACGGGAUAAGUCUUUUACUAAAAAGUCAGAAUCCCAUUACAAGAUGAUACAGCACUCUGCCAACUUACUGCUUUGACUGUUUCAAUUGUUUUCUUCCCAGUGAAGUAAUUGUCACCUUGAGUCUCCCCUGGAACCUGCCAGAAAUAAGAGAUCCUAAACAAGAUGGGCAUUAUUUUAUAAAAAUACCACAGUCACUAUUUCCCAUUGAGGAUAGGCACAAUAGUAAAUCUUUUAUUUGUAUCAUCAAAAGCAUUAUCCUGCAAAUGUUUAUAAAUCUUUGUGAUUUAAAUUUUGUCCUGCUCAAUAAAUAUUCUAAUUCCUCAUAAAGUUCCAUUCAAAAAAGAAAAAGCCAUAAUGAUAAGAAUCCUCAUACAAGCUGGUCACAAAACUAACUUUCUAAUUGAAUAAAACAUUACCUAGAUUCUCACAUUA